AGGAGGAGGGUGCGUUGAGGUGGGGGUGGGGGAGAAGGUUUCUGUUUUUGAACCCAACCAGCCUUCCGAGGAAGCUCCAUUUCUUGUUCCCUCUCCUCCUCCUCUCUCUCUCUCUCUCUCUCUCUCUCUCUCUCGGGCGCGCUCUCGCUUUCGCCUGUAUCGAAAGUAGCGAGGAAAGGCACAAUCUCUCUCGCCGCCAGUAAUACCCUUCGGAGGUUUAUAGGGCGGAGCAGCGGCGAGCGGCGGCGGCGAUUCCAUGAAAGGAGGACGUUUUGCUCGACAGUAGACUGGUUCUUGGGGGAUUGGGGACCGAUCUUUGUCUAUAUUUUGGAAGCGGAGAAAUGCUGGGGUUUUUCCUUGAGAUCCGUUGGGCACGGAAGAGGUCCGAUCUAAGAUGAGAGAGGGGGAGGUCGGCUCAGAGUGUCGGCGUUGUUGGAUCCCUAGAAGACGAGGAAGAAGGAGCUGUUCUUGGAUUUUCCGUCGCCACCUUGAUGGCGGCCACCAAGCGCGCCUACAAGCUACAGGAGUUUGUGGCACAUUCUUCCAAUGUCAAUUGCCUCAAGAUUGGGAGGAGAACCUCGAGAGUUCUUGUUACGGGAGGAGAAGACCACAAGGUCAAUAUUUGGGCUAUUGGAAAGCCCAACGCUAUACUGAACCUAUCUGGCCAUACAAGCGCAAUUGAGUCAGUAAGUUUUGAUUCAUCAGAAGUAUUGGUGGCUGCAGGAGCAGCCAGUGGCACAAUAAAGUUGUGGGAUUUGGAGGAGGCAAAGGUUGUUCGCACCCUCACAGGACACAGGUCAAAUUGUAUAUCGGUUGACUUUCAUCCAUUUGGGGAGUUCUUUGCUUCUGGGUCAUUGGAUACAAAUCUAAAGAUAUGGGACAUAAGAAGGAAGGGAUGCAUUCACACAUACAAAGGGCACACUCGAGGGGUUAAUGCUAUUAGAUUUACUCCUGAUGGUCGGUGGAUUGUUUCUGGUGGGGAAGAUAAUAUCGUGAAGCUGUGGGAUCUGACUGCUGGGAAGCUUUUGCAUGAUUUCAAGUGCCACGAGGGUCAAAUUCAGUGCAUAGAUUUUCAUCCUCAUGAGUUUCUCCUUGCAACAGGUUCAGCUGAUAAAACUGUAAAAUUCUGGGACCUUGAAACAUUUGAAUUGAUUGGAUCUGCUGGGCCUGAGACAACUGGUGUACGUUCGAUGACAUUCAAUCCUGAUGGGAGAACUCUUCUUUGUGGAUUGCAUGAAAGUCUGAAGGUUUUCUCCUGGGAACCAGUAAGAUGUCAUGAUGCUGUGGAUGUUGGUUGGUCCAGACUGUCAGACCUGAACACUCAUGAGGGAAAACUUCUUGGAUGUUCUUAUAAUCAAAGUUGUGUUGGAGUUUGGGUCGUGGACCUUUCGCGCAUUGAGCCAUAUGCAGUUGCUACUGCUGCAAGGUCAAAUGGUCAUUCAGAACCAAAAUCUACUUCAAGCGGUAAUUUAUCUUUGCAAGCUGACAACAGUUUAAAGGCAAGUAUGGGGAGGCUAUCAGUUUCACAAAAUUUGGAGCCAGCAGUCAAGGAGACAAAACCCGCUUCAUCUACUGGAAGUGUCCCCGGCACCCCCCAAAGGAUUGGAUCGAGCACUGGCGCAAAAAUAACUGCAGCAAAUUCAGCAGCAACACCUGGUGCUCCAACUCUCAAGAGAAGUUCAUCAAAGAGUCAUGGUACAACCAAUAUUCAGACCUUCAAUAAGAAUGAUGUGAUACCUGUUAUCGUCCCCAGAACUAGCUCGAGAGUGGAGCUGGGCUCUGAUUCUAGAAAAGAAACUGGUGCUGGAAGAACGCUACCAUAUAGUGUCCAGUCAAAGUUUUCUGAUUUCCGGAAGUUAUCAAAUAUCAGGGAUGAUUCGGAUAGAUCGGAUAUUUCCAUUCAGUCUGGAUUUGUGGGAAAUAAAAACUCUGAAUCAAAUGAAGUUUUGGGCCAAAAUUUUCAAUCUGCAGGCAGUGGUGUAGAUCCUCCAGUGAGUGCUGGAGAACAUAGCCUUGAUGAUGUUAAACGCACUGGGACUGGGAAGCUGGGAGCAAGUCUGUUGACCGAGCCAAGCACAAGUUACAACCAUGAAAAUGGUAACUUCAGGGCCCAUAAGCCAAGGGACACAUGCUCUGUGGAAGUUCCAAAAGGAGGUAAAACAAGAUCACUUGUUGCAAGUUGGGAAAAGAGGGAACAAUCUCCUAGCUAUGAGGGUCCAACACCCAGCAGUUCUUCUGAGACCAUGACUGCUACUAAUGUCUCAUAUUCUUUGAGAGGGCACCCUCCAUCAGUUGGAAAAGAAACAGUCUCUGCUAAUGAUGAAGAUACCAUUGCUGAUCUGAUGGAACAACAUCAACAAUUCCUAAAUUCUGCACAGACUCGGUUGACAAAAUUACAGGUUGUUCACCGACUUUGGGAAAGAAAUGAUAUCAGGGGCGUCAUCCAUGCAAUGGAAAAGAUGUCUGAUCAUGCUGUCUCUGCUGAUGUAGUAAGCAUUUGGACAGAAAGAAGUGAUAACAUAACUCUGGAUAUAUUCACUUGUCUCCUACCAGUCCUCACUAGCCUUCUAGAGAGUAAAAUGGAUAGGCAUUUAGGCAUUUCAUUGGAGAUUCUGCUGAAGCUUGUCAGAACCUUCGGCCUUGUGAUCCAUUCAACUUUAUCAGCUGCUCCAUCCGUUGGCGUGGACCUUCAAGCAGAGCAGAGGCGGGAGCGGUGCAACUUAUGCUUCAUUGAGCUGGAAAAGGCCAAGCACAGUCUUUCUACUCUCACAAGAAGAGGAGGGUCUACUGCCAAGGCUGCACAGGAGCUCAACCUUGCUCUUCAGGAAGUGCUGUGACUGACUGACUGACAGAUUUGUAUACACAUGCAUAGUUAGGUGAUUGUCAUUCUUUAGCUCUUUCAACCCACCAAUGUUGUAAAGCUAAAAGUUCAGGCUGCUUCUCAGGAGCUUUUUAGGGCAUCAGGGUGCUGAAGCCCAGCAGUAACAACAGAUGUGUUUCCUGUUUUAUUUAUGUUCGUACACUUACUAAUUGAGCACCAAGCUCUUUGUAGCUCCAGAAGCUGAAGCAAAUGGUGAACAGGGGCGUUGCUGAAGAGCUAUCUAUAUUUGGCAGCAACAGAACAAGCUCAGACUUCCCCAGAACAUGUGAACAGCUAAUCUUGAUACGGAGAGCCCUUGCUGCCCCUUUAUAACAGUUGGUUGCUUGAGGCUUGUAUCAUUUUUUGUUACAUAACACAGUUGGUCCUAUAAAGUGUGUUUUUUGUUUACUUGGUAUUGGAGGCUGACCCAUCCAAUGUUUGGGUGAGAAGGGACGGGAGCAACUUCAUGUUCACGGUGCUUUUUCCUUGUAUCGGUUACAGGCAGUGGGAAAUGUUUUAUUGAUACUCGUAAGCAGAACUUUUGAGGCCUCGUGCUGAGCUAAAAAUGAUGAUAUCUAAUCUAUAUUAGUGUA